AGUCGAUCAACCACACGGCGCAGCCUGACGAACACUAUGAUCAGGCCUGAUGCAGCCGCACAUACCUUUCCACUCACCCGCCACACUGCACCCACUCAUAGAUAAACAAAGGCAUUCACUUGGCUCUCUGCCUCUAUCUAAAGUACUCGUAGAGAGUGAAUGUAUACCAAAGACCGACAAGCAUCGAUCUUCGUUUUUACGGAGAGUGCUGGGGGAUCAGCUGGGGGGCACGGUGUUGUAGCGCGGGUGAGAGACAGCAGACAGCUGUUCUGACGUGUCCCUUCCCCGGCUGCAUGCAUGAGUAGGAAACAAACACUGGUCGUAGUGGACGUCAGUUGAUCUGCAUGCAUUGACGUCAGAGACACAACAUUAUGCAUCAACUCGAUGGAUGGUCAAGUCCUCUGCCUCUGACGACGGCAGCAUCAACGUUCGCAAAGGAGCACGCGAAGAGCGGACAAUAUCUCGGCAAAUAUAAAAUGUAGACAGCGGUAGUCACGGCCUCCCUCCCGCCCCACUGCCCGACCGUCUGACCGUCCCAACAAAGAGGCCUGGUCACGUCUGUCGGGAAAGAGAGACACACAACAAACAGAGACAUGCGUCAAGGUAUGUGUUGGCAACGAUUAGCCACCUUCUUGGAGGCCGCCGGCUGCGCUGCAUCGGGCCCGUCGGCAGGCGCCUCGGCCAGCUCGGGCGGCGACACGGCAGCCAGGGCGUUGGGCUGCACAUAGGUGGCCAUGUAGGCCUGCACGGACGCACGCACGAAUCGAUGACAGAGACACACACACAUAGGCAUACCAUGACUGACUGAAUGAGGACCGCCGGCCGCCUUCCUAAGGUCUCAUUCUUCACUCACCUGGUGCUGCAGCACGAAGUCGAGGGAGACCUCUUCAAUAAUGUUGACUUGGUCGUCAAACACAAGCCACUUGGCUGCAUGCAUGAUUUGGAUACAUACAUACAUACAUACGAGUGGACUGACUGCUCACUUACAUUGGCCGUUCGGUGCGAUGUGUCGGUGGUACUCGACGUAGUGGCCACUGUGAAGGCUGCUGCCCCGGUGCUCAAUGACAGCUGCGGUCAGGAGAGCACACAGACAGACAGACAGACAGACCCACACACACAUCCAUCCAACCAUCGACCGUCUCUCUCUCCGUCCUGCCAGUGAGUGGCGCGUGUGUGGGUGUGGCGGGUGCACCCUUACGUACAUGUCAGUAUGUGUCCCUCCGUCUGCUUUUGGGCAUAGGGUGAGACGUCGAGCUCCUCGGGAAGGAGAACGUGUGUCUCAUUCUGUUCACACACACACACACACACACAGAGCGGGUGUGUCGGUCAAACAUGCUCUCUCUCUCUCUCUCUGUGUGUGUGUGUGUGUGUGCUCGUGGCCCCCGAAGCGCUUGUAGUGGACGCAAAGGGCCGGUGGCACGGUGGCCAUGGAGAGCCUUUUGGUUGCGUUGCACUUGUGGCCACACCGCUCACAGAAGUACCUGCACACACACACACACACACACACACACACACGUACACAUAGACACGUCACACGCGUGUGUCGCGUCACGUUGGCGUGUGUCGUGUCGCGUCCUAAUCAAUGUGUGUGUGUGGUAUGUGCGUACUGUUCUCUGCCCUUGAGCUCCUCCGGUUUGAAGAAGGACUGCACACACUCCCGCCCGUCCGCGCUCGGCUGCUGGCCGGUCUCCUCAGUCAGGUCAACGACGGCCGCCUGCAAGUCAUGUACGUACGUAGAGUACACACAUUUCUUGCAGAAGGCCAAUGGAAUGGAUAGGCGUUCGCUUGCUUACGGGUAUCUGGACGCUGAGGGACCAUGUCGCCUCUCUAUCGGUGAUGGAGACAUGGCCGCACUCGUCACACGUCACAGUCGACUUGAGCUCGCCUGCAAGUCAAGUCUGUAACUGAGCUGGAGGGGGUUACGUCAACGCAGACACUCUCUGUCUGUCUGUCUGUCUGUCUGUGUCUGUUUGUGUCUGUGUGUGACGUACCUCUGGAGAUGUCCGACACUGCCGUUCUCUUGCUCAUGUCUGUCCCGGCCUGCUGCAGUGUCAGGUCGCGGGGUGCGUCGGUGUGCCUCGUCCUGGCCAGCUCCGAAGCUAUAGCACAUACAUAGACACACACACACACACACACAAAGAGAGAGAGAGAGAGAUCCAUUCCGCAAACUGUCUCCCCAGUAAGUCAGUGACUACAUGGAUGAAUUCGAAUGCAUACCGGCCACGAGUUCACAGUGCAGGUUCUCGAGGAGGCACUCGCGAGCGGCGUGGGCGUCUUCCAUGCGACCUAUCACUGCAUGGGACCCAUGCACACACACAGAUACACACGUGUAUGUCGCAAAGAAAGGUGUUCUUUCUUUUUUGAGUGUGUGGCCGCGCACCGGAGUCGACCGAAGACCGCACGAGCGUUGUGUACAUACUCUCGGCCCUCACAGCCAGUGUGUGCUCCUCCUUGGCCUUCUUCUUGCCCUUGCCCUUGCCCCUCUUGGCCUUCUGCUGCUCGGCCUCACUUGGCGGGUAGAGGUGUUUGGCCAAACAAAAUCAGUGAGUGAGUGAGUGAGUGAGUCCAUGGAUGAGAGAAGGGCAAUAUAUAUGAGGUGCGUGCAUCAGUACGCAAUUCGUACGAGAGCAGGACGAGGGUCUCCCACAGGAGUGCCGUCUGUGGGUCGUCACGAGGGCUUCGCUCGAGCGUCCUGCUGAUCUCGGCCUCUAGGCGUCCUGUACAUAUGUUGAUCGAGGAACAAAUAAAUAGCCAUAUCAUAUAUAGGAGCAUGGCAUGCGACUGAUGCAUAUCAGAGUCUUUCCAUGCGUACUUACUUGUGAGGGUGUCAUGAUGAUCCUCGUACCGCUUGACCAGCUCGGUCUUGUGCGUGGUCAGGUAGUCGCCGUCUGAACACACACAUGCGGAGGCCGUAACCAAGGUAUUGGACUCAUAGAUUCCUGCAUGCAUGCGCGUCAAGGCAACGCUCACGUUUGAGGAGGUACUUGACCAGCGGGAUGACGCGAAACACCGACUGGAACGUCGCAUUGGCGUAGCAGUCGUUUUUGCCGACGUUCUCCAGCAGGAACUUAGGAAACUACAGGACGAAGACACAAACCCACACAGCCACUCAUACACUCGGCUGGUUAUGUCAACUCUUGAGUGCAUUUCUCCCUCCCUGUGACCUCUUGGAGGAGCAU